AGUUAGGUUCAAACAAUUUAUUGCAUAGUAGAGUCUAUUACUGUGAAUGCUAUUUUCAAAUCCUUCAUAUGUGUGGAGUGCGCUCACGCAGGCACAUCAAGACAUUAAAUGGCUAGAUCUACACUCAGUCUGACUGAAAAUGCUAGUCUUUUGGAACCGUUUGCGCACCUCACCAAAAGGAAUAAUUCCACGGAAUCCGCUUGUACAACAAAAUGACGUCACUACACCGGAAUUCUUGUGUACACAAAGUUGCUAGUGGAUGAGAUUAAAAGAUAUGUGUCUGUGAAUGAUAGGAAUGUUUUUGUUUGAAAUGGGAUGACGUUAUUGCCCUAGUGGCAUUAUAAUGAGUAUUUGCAAGUGAUGCAAACUGAUUUAUUUCAAAUUUGAAAACAUUGGAGGUAUAAAUUUUACGUAACAAAUCCUCCUCGUUACAAAAGGAAGUUUAAAAAAUGUCUGGUACCGCUCCCGCUAAAGUAAGUCCAUUGACGGACAUGCAAAAAAGUGAUAAAUAUCAGCAAGCAUUAUCACUGAACUUAGACUGUGGCUCCGAUACCCUUCGAAAACUCAUUGAAAAGAAGCUUAGUGACAAGAAUACCUCUUUGAAGAAAUAUGUUCAUGAUCAGGCAGUGCAGACGAAACUGUCACAAUUGAAUUUGUUUAAAGAGCAAAAACAGCUUUUGAAUGGAAAGAAUCCUGAUCUGUUAACCAUGGAUAUAUCAUUGCUCACGCUUGUGUUGCUCGAAUUGUUUUCGCUGGACAUGACCCAGGAAGACGCAGUAAAAAGACUUAGGAAGUGUAGAAAUACAUUAGCGCACAGUCCACGAUCACAACUUGAAGAUGAUCAAGUUUUCAAUGAAGCCAGUCAACAUAUUACUGGUCUAUCAAAGGACACAACUCCAGAGUUUGAGAAAGAAAUAAAAUUGCAAAUAAAAGAAUUGAAGGAGAGAAAGCUUGUUCGUACACACAGCAUGUUAGAUAUAGUAAGACUCCUGAACGAAUCAUUUAUGGUAAAGUUGAUGGACAAAGGCGAUGUUGAUAACGUUGAUGUUGAAAAUGAAAUCUGGAUCAAGUACUGCUUGACAAAAUUCGUUCGACUGCUAGCUCGAUCUUAUGAAAUGGAUAUACUUUUGCAAACGUUGAAGGAUGCAGGGGUCUUUACUGCCACGACAAAGAGAACUAUUGAGCACACACACCAUGCAGAGAAACAGUUUCAGCAAUUAAUAGUGUUUAUGGUGGACGAAACGAGAGAGAAUCUUCUGAAGUUUUGCUCUGUCAUGCGAGAGAUGAACAGUGAUAUUGCGGACUUUGUCAUUCACAAUCAUGACGGAUCAAGAGAUAUUGGAAAAGUUCUGAAAGAUUGUGAAAAAGAGAAAGUCGAAACCAUCUUGAAGUUAUCAUUGGUUGUUGAAAAGACAGGAACUGUUGCAUGUGAAGAUCUUCAUACCCUCGUUAAUGAAAGACGUAGAUGUGUAACGAGCUUUGACUUGAUUUUAGAAUGUAUGAAGGAACUGUUUCCCUUUGUUAGUUCAGAUGAUAGAGACACACAGUUCUGCGGCAUAUCCUGGAGUGAAGAUGUCGAUGAUUUUGAUGAUCUUGUCAUUCCAGAUGCAAAAGAAGAGAUUCUGACUGACAUGCCUUGUGAUAAAUUUGCUAAAUAUUUAGCAACUGAGAUGACAAAAGUAAUAUCAAAUAUCGGACCUCACAUUGAAGCCAUAGUUGAUGAUGAACAUUCCAUACAUUCAUCAUUGUUUGCUAAGUUUAAACCAGAAGAAAUGGAAAAAUAUUUCAAACCUGGAUUAGAAAAGGCUGGUAUGAGGUAUAACAUAGGUGUUAAGGAAGGACUUAUUAACGUUCAGAGAAAGAUAAACAUACAGUUAAACAGGACUUCACAGGACAAAACAGAUUGCUUGCGGGAAUUUGAUAAACCCGGGAAUUCAGUAACAUAUGUGAAAUGUGAUGUGAGACCAGCCGUGGGCAAUCUUUUGGUUGCUACCCAUGAAUUUAUCCAACCGAUUGUAAGGAAAAAUACGACCGUUACAUUAACGUACAUGGUAAAACAAAUUGUACGUUUUGCUGUUGCAUGUCUCAAUGGUAAGCAGAAUGGAACCAUUCAUUUCGGAAUACAGGAAAUCGAAAAUGGAGGUGGUCAAAUUGUUGGCCUACCGUUCGAUACAUUUUCUGAUGUUGACAGUUUGAAUAAACUUUUAACAGAAUGCCUCAAGGGUUGCCUUAAAAAAGAACACAUAUCAAGUGUCCAGAGGUGUAUUAGGCCAGUACAGAUUGUUUAUGUAGAGGGAAAGUCUAUUGUUUUGGAAGUCGAUGUCGUGCCUUAUUCAUUAUACGCAAAAGAAGCUUUACAGAUACGUUUCCCACAAAAUGGUUAUCAGAAGGCAAAGUGUUACAUAUUCGUGAAUAACAUAAUAACAUCAGUGGACGACGUAGAGAAGAUUGCAUCCACCGUGAAAGACCUGUACUUAGAAAGAAAAUCGAUUGAAGCAAAUGUUGUGACCAUAGAAGAUAAAGAAGCUUUAGAUUUGAAACAAAUAAAACGGCUUGAAUGGUUGCUUUUACGUGGUAACAGAUAUGUUACAGAUUACUUCUAUCCUGUUAUUUGUUGCGGCCAAAUAUCUGGCACCAAACAGGAAGACACAGUAAGGGAGCAAAUAUCUCAGAUGUCAGUUGCAUUCACUUCUGCAGAAGGAGUUUUGGACUUCGAUUCUUCUGUUCAUCUGCGGGAAAGUAUUGAAAAAGGUGAAGACGUGUUUGCCGUGAAGGUUCCUGACGAAUUCAAAGGCAGUAGGCAUCGUAGAGAAAGUGGAACAAGCAAAGAAAAGAUAUGGAUGUAUGCUAAUGGCAAUGUGGACAUACAUCAUCAAACAUUAGAAGGUACAGUAUGGAUGGGAAAGAGAUACAAGGGUGUCAAGAAUGCUCUUGGGAACAUCAGGAGAAAUAUUCCAGAUGGCAGAGGUCUGGUAAUUUUCUUUGUUUUUCAAAAAACUCUUGGUACAGAUAUUAUGCUUGAAAUAGCAAGAGAAUGUUUUAUCGAUACAUUCACAGAUGGAUGCAUUGUCAUUGCUGAUAAUAAUGAAGUAGUGCAAGACUGGAAAAAUGAACUGACAAAGCUUAUAGACAAGAAAGAAAUAGAAAAGUGCUUUGUUGUUAGUCUUAGUUGGAAUGAUGUUUGUUGUGUUAUGAACAGAGUGUUCAGGCAAAAUAAAGAUACCGUUUUUCAGUUCCCUAACAAGAAAGGAUACGUCGUAGAAAUGACAGAGAAGGAAAGGAAAAAACUGGAAUUUAAAACGAUUGACAUAAUUGAUGGUAGUAAAUCUGAAAAAUAUCGUUUAGAAGAGGAGGGUAUGUCGGACGAAGAUAGGAGAGAAAAAAUGAGAAAUGAAGAGAAAUGCUUCUACAGAGGAGAGAAUGUGUCUUUCUUAAAUUUUUAUUAUGAUAGACAGGUUGGUCCACGUGAUGAUUAUGAGGCACGCAGAUCCGAAAUUGAGAGGCGAUUAAACAGUCGAAACGAGGACUUCUAUGAAAUUUAUACACUAGAACAUCAUCCAGGUGCAGGUGGAACCACACUAGGCAGAUAUCUUUUGUGGACUUUCAGCCAAGUCAAAGGCAGACCAGAACUAGCGUACAGAUGUUGCAUUGUGAAUACUAUUUCUGAAACUACUGCAGAGGAAAUUUAUCAGUUUUUAUACUUUAAGGAAGAUAAGGAAGCCAAGCCAAAACCUGUUAUUGUUCUGAUAGAUAACGGUCAGGAAGAACACAUUAAUAAUUUGAAGGCAAACAUAAACUCUUUGGCAUACAGAUAUGGUGGAACAGAUGUUUUAUUUUGCCUACUUUUACUUGUGACCAGAGUGCCUUUAUCGCAUGUUAGCAGAUAUAAGGUGUUGACGCACGACUUGAGACGUAACGAGAAAAAAUGGUUUAAGAAGAAGUUUAUUGAAUUAGAGAAACGUGGAGAAGAUGUUAACACAUUAAUUGCUUUCAAUGUGAUGCGAAAGUCAUUUGACAGUCAGUUUGUAAAGCAACUUACUGAAGGUCUAAUAAAAGAAAUAAAAGAAGCGAAAGAAAUUAGAUUGUUGGAAUGUUUGUCUCUUGUCACCGUAUUUGACAGAGACCACUCUGUACCAGAAUGUGUAUUUGAUUCUUUCAUGCAUGGAAAAGCGCAAGGUUCUAUCAGUUUGGCAGAAUAUGAAAAUAAAGGUCCAGUUGGCCUCGUCGAUUUGAACAGGAUGAGAAAACAUACAACAGAAUUUCAAGAAACUUGGAAUGUUAAAAUGUCUGGCUCAUUAAAGUUACUUAUCAAACACCAGACAGUUAUCGAACCAUGUCACUAUAUUGGCGUCAGCAUAGUAUCACAGGCAUUGGCGGAAGCUGUUUUAAAGUAUAUCGUAGAAUUAAAGAAGAUAAAUAUUGAAAAGAUUGUAGACUCAUUACUUGACCUUGUAGACCAACAUGGAGAUGCAAAGAAUCCGAUGUCAGGACAGUUUGUGAAGUUGGUUUGCAGCUUGUUUAAAACAAGACAGCCACAAGAAGGAGACACGAAGUUGAAAUUUUCUGAUUUAGUUUUACAUCUUGAACAGCCAGUAAAUGGAGAAAAUGACGCUGACGCUCACAAACGGGUUAUAAAUGUCAUGAAAAAAUGUUUUCAUGUAACGAAAGAUCCAAUGGUUGGUCAACAGUUAGCUAGAUUUUUUAUACAUAUCCAUCGGUUUGACAACGCGGAAGAUGCAAUAAGAAGGUCACUUGACUUAAAACAUCAAAGUUCUUACCUUUUAGACACGUAUGGCCAGGUAUUCAAAAUGCAGAUGCUAUACCUUCUUGAUCCAAGAGAAGUUGGAGAAAUGGAUAAUGUAGAGGCUGCCAGGGUGGUAAAUCUAGCUUUUAGCGCUGUAGAAAAAUUUCGAGAAGCUCAGGAAAUAACCGGAUCUUUAGAAGAAGAAAAUAAUCUUGGAUGUUUCAAUAUGGAAGUAAAAACAAUCUUGAUGUUGCUUGAAUAUUUCCACAAGUUUCAGUGCUUCGAAAAUAUGGAAAAUUUUCGAAGAUUUCUCACAGACGAAACAUUUGACGUUCAGAUAUCGUCUUUUAAAGCUGUACUGGAUCUGGUACCAAAGCUUGAAAAUCUACGUCUUGGUCGUGAGGCACAAGAACACGCACACAAUUCUCUCAGGAAACUAGAAGAAGGAGGAUACAUGAUCAAAAAUGAGGUAACCUUAGUAGAAACUGGAUCGAAGUAUAAAAUGUUGAUGAAGAUCCGUGAGAGAUUUUUGAGGUUUUAUGGAAGUGAAGAAGAGGUUCUUUCAGAAUUUUGGUAUGGCGUAGGUUUGAGGCCAUUGAUGCAAGCUUACAAAGAUGACAGACCCAAAUUUCAAAACAGGUUUAGGGUUGCAGAGCGACAAAUACAGUCAGAUAUUAAAAAAGACAUUGAGGAUAAUCUGCUGAUAUACCUUGGAUACAAAAUAAUCGAGUUAUCUGCCCCGUAUUCCGAAUGCACCGCGGACGAAUACAGGCGCUUAGCAAGUUACAGUUCACAUAUUUGUAGUUUACAAAUGUCCAUAUCAAAAUUAAGACCUUACACGGAAGGGUAUCUAUACUAUGUCAUGCUCCAUUGGCCUCUGUCUAGCCGUUUGAAUAUAGAUAUUGAAGGGCUUUAUACUCCAGAAACUUUAAUUUCGGUUGUACAGAAAUGGGAAGACGUUUAUAAAAAGAAUCAUGACAUCAAAACAUUUGAUCAGCUUCUCGCUACCAGACCAAAAACGUACUUUGCUCUCGGCAAUGGAUCACCGGGGAAUGAUAUAGCUGAUUUAGAAAUAUUACGUAAACAGUGGCGAAAAGAAAAGAAAGAGGAAGAAGGGAGAAAACGUAAAGAGGUCAGAGCAGAUAAGCCGUUCCAGCACCCAAUUUUUGAAAACAAACUCUGCCGUCUAUCAGGUGUUGUAGAAAAAGGUGGGAAUAAGAUUAGGCAUAUGGUUGAAUACAGGGACAGACGGAAGCAUAUUUUCCAUAUUGACACUUACGACAAUCGGUCACGUCUAAGCAAUAAGACUGUCACGUUUGUUUUGGGAUUUUCCUGGAUGGGACCAACAGCAUUGGAUGUACGUCGGGCAGAUAAAACGUCUCGACAAGUUUCCACAGAGGGACAGCAAAGUGCUCAGCAUAUCCGAAAUUCAUUUUCUGAGGACUCCUCGUUGGAAAGUCCAAUAACAACACAGCCGAUAAUAACAUUGUCAGCGAACAAACCUGGAAGUACAAGACAGGAUGACAACACAGAAGGAGCGGUAGGCGGCAUAAAUGCCUCAGCUGAAAACAUAUUUACAGCAGCAGGAAGUACAAGACAGGAUGACAGCACAGAAGGGGCGGUAGGCGGUAUAGAUUUCUCAGCUGAAAAUAUAUUUACAGCAACAGCAGAUGAAACGAAACUUCCUGCUGACACAGCAGUUGUAACAAUGGAAGAAGAAUCUAGACACGUGAUCGACUCGCUAGUUUCAGUUUCAACUGAUCAAAGUAUCGUGUGUGUUAUUGGACGAACACAACACAAUAUUCGCAUAUUCGUCAUACACAUGUCCCCGAAGACCUACAUCUACUACAUUGACAAAGAUUUGGUUGACAAGUGGCAUUUAGAUGAGCUUGUAACUAACAAGGAUGUAAAUAUCGUAUUCAGUGACAUCAGAAUGGCAUCUGUGGCUUUGAUGACGGAAUACGAAAUUCUUAUAGACGGGCAUAUAUGGGACAUUAAGCUGAUGUUGGACAAAUGUAGCCUCGAUAGCUCUGACACAGAACAUCUUAAAGAAUGUGGUUUCACACAAGAAACAGUUGCAAGAUGGACUGAAAAGGACGAUGAAUAUGGCUUGAUGCUUGCACCAGGAUACGAUGACAUGUUAAUUAUCCUUGAUCUUAUAGCACGGGCAAAGCUGAUAAGAAGAGUUUACGACACUUGCAAGGGAAAUCUUGAUAACGAUGUAAGGAGUUCGAAACUGUACUCCGAACUGAGGAAAGAUAUUUUUGCUGCUGCACAUCCUUCCUCAAUGGAAGAGAAAGUUAAUCAACUUAAGCGACGACAAAAGAAGAAACGUCAGAAGUUGAAUAAAGCAAAGAAUCAGGACGAAAAUCAGAAGGUAGAAGAUUCUGAACAAGCACUAGGAAAGCAGACAAAAAGCAAACAGAAAAAAGGAAAAAAGAAAUAGGCAACAUAACUUUCUUAGAUUUCUGUACAUAUAUGUUAUUCGUUUUGCGUUUUGAAUAGUGAUUGAAUUGUUUACGUUUGCGUGGAACCUGUUGCAUGUAACCUUAAAGAACCGCCUGGAGUAGCUCGAAAAAGUACGUUGUCUCCGUUAUAGACGAAUGACAUGUGUGUGAGUAGUGAAUUAUAUGCGGCAGUGCAUGAUUGUUGUUGAUACAAAAUGACGUAUAAGUAUUAUUAUUUUCAUUUUGUGUAUUAUAUUAUUUCAUCAUGUUUAUUCCGUAUUAACGGCAUUUACCGUAAUCUUUAACACUGCAAACAAGGAACAUCCUUUUGAGACUGGUGCUCGUGGUAUCUAAACAAAGUAAGUAUCCCCAGUUUACAUUCCUGUUGAUUGCAUCAUCUUAAUUGUUUCUCAAUAAAAGUCUUGUUAAAAAAGUCACGAGUAGAUCGAAUACGAAUGUACAGUAUUAUUCUACUUUUUUCUUCUAUUUCAUAUUUGUUCUCAAAAACAUAGUAGUAGGGACCUAAGAUAUAAAUUUGAAUUUGAUUAAGUACUUGCUAUUGUGAUAGAUUGGAUGAGAGGAAGUGCAGAUGUAUUAAAUUUCCCUCUUGACGCAGAACCUAGCAGCUUGAAGAAAAAUAGUUUGAAAGACAUGCAUUCUUGUUCAUGAUAAGAUUAGUUUUUUUCAGCUUUAUAAAAUAUUUAUGUAAAUAUUUUUUCAUAUCAAGUAUGUUUUUAUUAUAUAUUUUAGCAUGCAGUUUUGUUGAGAGCCAUUUCCUAUUGUACUUGUUUACUUGUAUAUACAGAGGUACUUUGCUUUUGAUUAUGUGCAAAUAUGUAGAUAUGUGACUGUAGUAAUAAAUUAGGUUUUCCUUUGAUGAAAUGAACAUGUAUUUUAAACUUAAAUUGAGAAAAAUCUUUGUAAAUUUGUUUGAGAUAUACUUUGGUAAAUAUAUACUUUUACUUACAUUUUAACAUAUAAUAUAUGGUUUAUUUUACAUA